AGUUAUAUAGUUUCUGCUGCCAUGUUUCUCUGCUUACAUCCUCCGCGGAGAAUCGCAAGGAAAACUCGAGUGCAGCCAGCUGUGAAAGUGUGAGUGGAGCAUGAGUCAACAAAACGAACACUUUUCUUCAAGUAUUUGCAUUUACAUUUCACAAUUCCGCACGUUCUGCUGCUGACUGAUCAUUCCAGUUGGCACUCUUGUUGAAGAAAGUCGUGUACUAGUUAUUUGCUAUCUGCUAUGUUCGUAAGAUUACAGUGGAAGUCGCACCAGGAAUAGAAGAUUUCAGAGUUUCUGACUCGAUCAUCAUGUCCAUCUUGAGCAAACGUGUCAGUACGAAUCCUUGUUUGGAUCCCAAAGGUUUUUUUGGAAUAGACGAAGCAUGCCUCAGCAUUCUAAACGAAUACAACAGAUCUGUCACGUUCUAUUCUUAUCCGACAGAAUGUUACAUGUGCAAUGGCGUGCCGCGGACUUUAACUGCGGGCAAUAACACAUUGGUUGUGUCCACAAAAUAUCCUUUGCACAUGUAUUACAAGGAUAAGAAUGAAUUUUGUCACACUACGUACAAUUUUAAGGAACGCGGAAGUUAUGGAUGGAACAUUUCUGAAAAACAAUUAUGCUCGGAGAUUUACACGAUUCACGAAUCAAUAAACAGUUAUCUUCCAAUAUUUGUUGCUUUUGCAAUAUUUGUUCUGGCAAUAAUUUUAUCUAUACUCGCCAGAUAUAUUAUACAUGUAAUAAGACGAUUUCCAUUUUUUGACACAACACCCAUUGUGGAAAGAACAUCACAAUCGGAGACAUCGUAUUCUUUAGGAACAAGCAGAACUUGUACUAGAAUUCGUUCUAUCGACACUUUUCGAGGAAUUGCUAUAUUAUUGAUGAUAUUUGUUAACAAUGGCGGCGGCAAGUACACGUUCUUUAACCACAGUCCGUGGAACGGGUUGACAAUUGCAGAUUUGGUGUUACCUUGGUUUGCCUGGAUCAUGGGAGUUUCGAUUACUAUAUCAAAACGGUCGCAACUGCGCGUGGUGAGCUCACGCUGCAAGAUCAUUUUACGUUCCCUGCAACGCUCGUUUAUGCUCGUACUUCUCGGACUGAUGUUGAACUCGAUUCACACGAAAUCUCUGAAAGAUCUUCGAUUUCCCGGUAUUCUUCAAUUACUCGCCAUUUCGUUCUUCAUUUGCUCCACAAUCGAGACCGUGUUUAUGAAGGUGCACUCCGAGGACGACCUGUUACAGUUCGGUCGCUUCUCAAAACUACGAGAUAUCUUGGAGAGCUGGCGACAGUGGUUGAUUGUAUUAGGAAUCGUAACGACGCAUACCCUCAUUACAUUCCUGCUGCCUGUUCCGGACUGUCCGAAGGGAUAUUUGGGUCCGGGUGGUUACCACCACUUCGGAAAUUUCGAAAAUUGCACUGGAGGCGCGGCUGGUUACAUAGACAGAUUUGUUUUCGGAAGUCACAUGUACUAUAAAACACAAAAUCCUGUGUAUGGAACCAUUUUGCCUCAUGACCCCGAAGGCAUACUGAACACUCUGUCUAUCAUACUUAUUGUGUACAUGGGUGUUCAUGCUGGAAAGAUCUUGUUACUGUACUACCAAUGCAACGAAAGGGUGGUCCGCUGGUUGCUGUGGUCAGGUAUAACGGGCAUUAUUGCUGGAAUAUUAUGUAACUUUGACAAGGAAUCCGGAGUGAUACCAGUAAAUAAGAAAAUGAUGUCGCUCUCAUUUGUUCUGACUACAUCAUCUUUUGCAUUUUUGCUGUACGCGAUCAUGCACUUCUUUGUCGAUUACAAACGAUAUUGGAGCGGAGCUCCAUUUAAUUACGCAGGUCUGAAUCCAAUAACGCUUUAUAUCGGGCACACUAUCACCAUGGGUCUCUUUCCGUGGGCUUGGAAAAUGCCUCAUCCUACGCAUUGGUCGUUUCUUACUAUGAAUUUGUGGACUACAGUAUUAUGGAAUGUCAUCGCAUAUUGGCUUUACAUGAAAGAUAUUAUUAUAUCUAUUUAAAACACAAAAAACAGCUAUUUUAUACGUAAUCAAGAACCGUGUUGUUGAAAUCACAAAAACAAACGUAUGAGGCGCGCGUUGAAUAGAGUAAGUUCAGAUACUAACAUCUGAUGCGAUGCACGGUCUUGAAAAAAAAAUGUAUUACAAUAAUAUACUACAAGAACGAGUAUUUAUAAUGCGAUAAAAGACAUUACAAAGUCUCGAAAAAGACGAUUACUUUUUGCGACAAUGUUAAUGUUUUGUAUUCAAACAUAAGUGGAAUUUUGUAUAAAACUAAAUAACUAAUGCGCUGUUUUAUUUUUAGCAUACACAUAACAUUAAUUUUUCAAGCACUCUUUUUUUUUUAAUUGCAAUUAUAUAUCGGUUUUUUUCCGAAUUAAAUCGUGUGAUUUUUUCAUAUUAAUAAUUUUAAAC